AUGGUCCGAGAGUUUGUGAUGCAAGAGGCCCAGCAGAGCGACGACGAUAUCCUCCUCAUCAACGUGGUCAUUGAGCAGAUGAUCUGUGACACUGACCCUGAGCUCGGGGGAGCUGUGCAGCUCAUGGGCCUUCUGCGUACUCUGAUAGACCCAGAGAACAUGUUGGCCACAGCUAAUAAAACAGAAAAAAGUGAAUUUCUCAAUUUCUUCUACAACCAUUGUAUGCAUGUUCUUACUGCACCACUUCUGGCUAACACAGCAGAAGAUAAAUGUGAAAAAGAUGCAGUAGUUGGGUCCACUAAGAGUAAUACAGUUUGUCCUGAUAAUUAUCAAACGGCACAACUACUUGCCUUAAUUUUGGAGCUGCUUACUUUUUGUGUGGAACACCACACCUAUCACAUCAAGAAUUACAUUAUGAACAAAGAUCUGCUAAGAAGAGUGCUGGUCUUGAUGAAUUCAAAACACACGUUCCUGGCCUUGUGUGCUCUGCGUUUUAUGAGGAGGAUAAUUGGCCUGAAAGAUGAGUUCUAUAACCGUUAUAUCACCAAGGGGAACCUCUUUGAGCCAGUUAUUAAUGCUCUGUUGGACAAUGGCACUAGGUACAACCUGCUCAACUCUGCUGUGGUCGAGCUGUUUGAAUUCAUCCGCGUGGAAGAUAUCAAGUCCCUUAUUGCACAUAUAGUUGAAAAUUUUUAUAAUGCACUUGAAUCUAUUGAAUAUGUUCAGACAUUCAAGGGACUGAAGACAAAAUACGAGCAAGAAAAAGAUCGACAAAACCAGAAACUGAACAG